AUGACUGCCGUCUUGAAUUCGUUGGGUCUGGAGACGCUCGAGGAGCUGUACUACCAUGACGAUCCCCACGCCGCGAAGGAGGAGAAGAAGAAGCUGAAGAAGAAGGACAUCGUGGAUGCCAUCAGCGACAAGAUCGACACGUACGCCAUCGAGGUCUUCAUCGCGUCGCUGCCGCUCGCGCAGCUCAAGACGGUCGCCGAGAAGGCGAAGGUGCCGUUCAAGGAGGAGGACAACAAGAACAGCCGAUCGGUGCUGUCCAGGCGACUCACCGAGCAGGUCGUGUCUGCGGGCUUCGAUGAAUUCCUCGAGACCGUCGAUGCCGAUACGCUCAAGGCCGUCGCGGAGGACUUUGACGUGAAGGCCGACAAGAAGGCGAUCGCUGAGGCCGCUCGCACCUUCGCCGCCGAGAGGUACUUUGGCAACUUCGAUGUCGAGUCGCUGCGCGCGCUGGCCGAGGAGCUCAAGCUCAAGCAGGCCGCCAAGACCUCGAGCAAGAGGAAGCUCGUCGAGGCCAUCGUCACGCAGGAGGAUGCCGAGCCCGUCGAGGCCCCCAAGAAGAAGAAGCAGAAGACCGAUGUGGGCAAGAAGAAGGCCCUCGAGAAGGGAAUCACCUACGACGAGAUCUUCCAGCACUACUACGUCGAGGAGCUCAGGGACUUCGUCAAGUCCAAGGGCAUCAAGGUCUCGGGCAAGAAGCCCGUCCUCAUCAAGCGCAUCCUCGCCUACCUCGCCGGCGAGACCGAGGGCAUCAUGGCCGGCGACAAGACCGAGAAGGCCAAGAAGAAGAAGAAGGCCACCACCAAGAAGGCUGCUGCCGCCAAGAAGGGCGCCGCCUCCACGAGCGCCAAGGGCAAGGGCAAGAAGGAGGAGAACGGCAACGGCGACGAGUAA